UACCUGCUCUCACCUUGGCAGCCAGGCUAAGGAAGGACUCCAAGGUCCCUGCAGAAUGGCAACUCUUGUUCCUGCAACCCUCUUCCUUCUUCUCUGGACCCUGCCAGGGAAGGUCCUCCUCAGUGUGGCCUUGGCAAAAGAGGAUGUCAAAUCUGGGCCCAAAGGGUCCCAGCUCAUGUCCCCUUCUGAUUUCUUGGAUAAGCUGAUGGGGCGAACAUCUGGAUAUGAUGCCAGGAUUAGGCCCAAUUUCAAAGGCCCACCUGUGAAUGUGACCUGCAACAUCUUCAUCAACAGUUUUGGCUCCGUCACUGAGACCACCAUGGACUACCGGGUAAAUGUCUUCUUACGGCAACAGUGGAAUGACCCACGAUUGGCCUACCGAGAAUAUCCUGAUGACUCUCUGGACCUAGACCCCUCCAUGCUCGACUCUAUCUGGAAGCCAGACCUCUUCUUUGCCAAUGAGAAGGGGGCCAACUUCCAUGAGGUGACCACAGACAACAAGUUACUCCGCAUCUUCAAGAAUGGGAAUGUGCUCUACAGCAUCAGAUUGACCCUCAUUUUGUCCUGCCCAAUGGAUCUCAAGAACUUCCCAAUGGACAUCCAGACCUGCACGAUGCAGUUAGAAAGCUUUGGCUACACGAUGAAUGACCUUGUAUUUGAGUGGCUAGAAGAUGCUCCUGCUGUCCAAGUGGCUGAGGGGUUGACUCUUCCCCAAUUUAUCUUGCGGGAUGAGAAGGAUCUAGGUUAUUGUACCAAGCACUACAACACAGGAAAAUUCACCUGCAUAGAAGUGAAGUUUCACCUGGAGCGGCAGAUGGGCUACUACCUGAUUCAGAUGUACAUUCCCAGCCUACUCAUUGUCAUCUUGUCCUGGGUCUCCUUCUGGAUCAACAUGGAUGCUGCCCCUGCCCGUGUAGGCCUUGGCAUCACCACUGUCCUCACCAUGACAACCCAGAGCUCUGGAUCGAGGGCCUCUUUGCCCAAGGUAUCCUAUGUGAAGGCAAUUGACAUCUGGAUGGCUGUAUGCCUACUCUUUGUAUUCGCUGCCCUGCUUGAGUAUGCUGCUGUCAAUUUUGUCUCUCGUCAGCACAAGGAAUUUAUGAGACUUCGUAGAAGGCAGAGACGGCAACGCAUGGAAGAAGACAUCAUACGAGAAAGCCGCUUCUAUUUUCGUGGCUAUGGCCUUGGACACUGCCUACAAGCAAGGGAUGGAGGUCCAAUGGAAGGUUCCAGCAUUUACAGUCCCCAACCUCCAGCCCCUCUUCAAAAGGAGGGAGAAAACAUGAGGAAACUCUAUGUGGACCGAGCCAAGAGAAUCGACACCAUCUCUAGGGCUGUCUUUCCCUUUACUUUUCUUGUCUUCAAUAUCUUCUAUUGGGUUGUCUAUAAAGUUCUAAGGUCAGAAGACAUCCACCAGGCACUGUGAAUAGGGUGGGGGUUAUAGUAUACAGCUGCUGGCUUCCUGCUUUCACCCGG